AAUCCCAGUAUAAAGAUAUGAUUCACGACAAGAUACCUAAUGCAAGACCUCAAAGGACAUCUAACAAGUGGAAAGAACACAUCAAUUAAGGUUAUAAAUGAAACGCGCCGGCGCAAAGCUCUAUCGUAGAGUGUGGUAGAGUUCUUCAUUCAUAUAAUGACAAAUACAUGUGUCCGACUUACUAACACAGAUAAACAUCAGAUGCUAUAACAACUGCCAAAGAAAUGUAGACUGUGAAAUGUAAAAGAUAGGGUUGAGGAUCAGGCGUUUGAUUGUGUUGCACAUGGGGUUAGUAAACAUCGACGCGCGCGCAGCCGAUGGUUUGGCUCGUCAGUUUAAAGCCGGCAGCUAUUCAGAGGCACGCGUCCACUAACUCGCGCGCACGUGUCGAAAUCGAAAUUUAAAAAACCGUUUUUAAAAUUAUAUAUGAAGAGUGCCGCAAGGGUGCGUUUUUGGCCCAGUGUUUAAAAUAUCGAUCCAGUUCAUAGUGUUCUAGUGAUUUUAAUUCAUGUGCAGUGGUCCAUUGGGAUGCUGAUAUAAAUGAUAUCCAACAACAUGUGUACCACGUGACAAUAAACUCAUACAUAUGUGCCACAAACUGUGCCUACGCUAAAUAAACCCAUACAUAUGUGCCUCAAACUGUGCCAACGCUAAAUAAACCCAUACAUAUGUGCCUCAAACUGUGCCAACGCUAAAUAAAAGCAUACAUAUGUGUGACAAGAAGUUUUUGGCCGCGGAGGAGAAGAUGACGUGUCCGGAGUCCAGGAUCAUGAUCAGGUCUAGCGAUGGACGGACCAACUAUUACAGGACACAGAUCCUGGCAGCUCUGGCAGUGUCCCUCGGGCCCUUCGCCGCAGGGCUCAGCAAGGGGUACAUGUCUCCCGCCAUCGCGUCGCUACAGGAUACGAAACCUGGCGGCUUCGCUGUGAGCGACCAGCAGGCUAGUUGGAUCGCUAGCUUAAGUUUAUUAGGUGCCCUCUUCGGUGGAGUGAUCGGCGGGCUGGCCAUGCGGUUAGGUCGAAGAUCUGUGCUGCUAGCUGCUGCCCUCCCUUACACGCUGACUUGGCUGGCCACUGCGCUGUCUACUGGGGUCGACAUGAUCUCCAUAACUUCAUUCUGCGGAGGGAUGUUGGUGUCAUGCAUAUCUAUGAUUACACAGGUAUACGUCACCGAAAUCGCCGUCCCAGACAUCAGAGGCUGCCUGAGCUCCGUGCUGAAGAUCCUCAGCCAAAUAGGCAUCCUUAUCUCCUACACCUUAGGUGCCUAUUUGGAAUGGCACCAGCUCGCUUUAGUGGUCGCCUCAGCACCCGUUCUACUCUUCUUUGCUUUACUCUUCAUACCAGAAACUCCAUCCUCUUUACUCUUAAGAGGAAAGGAGGAAGAAGCUUCAAGUGCCUUACAAUGGCUGCGAGGGCCUGAUGCGGAUGUCAGGCAGGAGUUAGUAACAAUAAGAACGAAUAUUCUGGCCAGUAAGAGAUGCCAUGAUGGCGGAAAGCUGAAGGCUCUCCUAUCAAAAAGAUUAACGAGACCAGUAUUAAUAACCUGUGGUCUCAUGUUCUUCCAAAGGUUUACUGCCGCUCACGCUUUUAACUUCUACGCUGUCAAUUGGUUCAGGAAGACUUUGAGAGUUCUAAGUCCUCACGGAGGUGCUAUAGCUACUAGCGUAGUCCAGCUCCUAGCUUCGUGCCUAUCUGGGAUGCUGAUAGACCAUGUGGGAAGGCUACCACUUCUUUUAAUAAGCGGGGCAAUGAUGUCACUAGCGUUAGCUGGAUUUGGAUCCUACGCUUAUUACCAAGAUGUAAUCUUGACGAGUAGUAAUGUUGACUCCGGAUCAUAUGACUGGAUUCCUUUACUCUGUGUUCUGACGCUUACCAUCGCCUUUUCUUUAGGCAUCAGUCCUAUAUCUUCAUUAUUAGUAGGAGAACUGUUUCCAUUGGAGUAUAGGAGUACGGGAAGCGCUUUAGCUACAAGCUUCAGUCAUUUCUGUGGUUUCAUGAAUGUAAAAACUGCAGCAGAUUUUCAGGAGCAUAUAGGCUUGUAUGGCCUUUUCUGGUUAUACGCUGGUCUUUCCGUCUUGUGUCUUCUAUUUGUUAUUCUCUUCGUGCCGGAAACGAAGGGGCGUGAAAUUGAUGAAAUGGACCCGAAAUAUGUCGAAUCGCUUUGUAUAAAUCGAUAAUACGAAUGACGUAGGCUUUAUGUGUUUGUUGCGCAGAAUAUGCUCAGAGGGCCUACCGCCAACCACGUUCGACGGGUUGCCUCCCAGUCACACUUACGUGCGAAUUUACAAGUGCGACAGAGAGCCAACACGUCGAACAUGGUUCGCGGUCUGAACGUCAAGUUUAAUUCAGCCGUAUUUACAAUAGUAUACGAUUGAACAGAAUACCUUGCGAUAUUACUUAACGAUGUAAUCAUAUUGAUGAUGUCAAUUUUCUCAUCCAGACCGUAUUCUGCUCGACAAACGUAGUUUUUAUGCUUAAUUAGAUAAUUAGGUAGAAUUAUUAAUAAAUUUGGGCUACUUUAGGGUAAGCUAUCUGUCAGAUAGUGAUUAAAUGAGAUUAUCUUUAAGAUGGCCCCAGUCUUCCAAGCUAAUACAGACAGAUCAUACAAAUGUAAUGGCAUUUUUAUUAAACAGUGUAACUAGCCAGUAUUCCUGUCUGUAUAGCUAAUAGUGCAGUAUUAUUCUUACGAAAGUAUUUGUCGAGUUGUGCCUUCAGUUCCUCAUCACAAGACUUUUGAGUGGAUAUCUAGUUUGCGUAUGUGUGUGUGUGUGUGUGGUUAUGGUUAUAGCAACUAGCAUAAUGAAUUGACAUUUACAUGACGGUGACUAGCCCUUGCUAUAUAAUUACAAAGGUAAAAUAUAUAAGCAAUGAGAGUGAGUAAAGUCACAUGCAAAACAACACGCAAUAAUAACAGACACUAUUUUUGCAGUAUCUCCGUACAGAAAACUACUUCAGAUACUAACUAUGUAUUUAUAAAAACUACUUAUGAAACUCGCUUUUAGCUCGUUUCAUAAAUCCACACUCGUAUUUUAAUGCAUUUCAUUAUGUAGCAGCCACAUAAAUUACUAAUAAAAUAACGUGUUAUUAGGUUAUUACACGCACGAUUUGAAGACCAUUCGGGUAGGUCAUAAAACAACUAUGCUAGUUGCUAUAUUACCCUGGUUUUUCAGAUCUGUUUAUUUCUUUUCACAACUGUUAAUAGUUUAAUGUACAUAUAGUUUAAUUUUAGUUGUUUGAAGAGCUUUUUGGUAUAACGGGUAACAUAUUGUAUAAUACUGAUCGAGGUCAUUAUAUAGGUAAAAUAGAAUUAGGUUGACAUACAACCCACAAAAAAUGUUGUUGUAUAAGUGACAUAAAUAUUGUUUAAAAUGCGUUUAAAUUAUUUCAAAACAAAAUUGUUUUUACUGUUUCUUUAAAUAUUUACGACGAACUUUUAGAUUAAAAUCUUAUAUUUUACAAAGAAAAUGUGAUGUCAAGUUUCGAGCAGUUUAUAAUUUAAUUGGUAAAAUAUAAUAUUUAAGGCACAAAUUAAGAUAUUGGUUAUUGAUGAUAUAAUUGUCGACAGUAGCUUCCUAACGGUGCUAAAUAUACGAAAAUCCUUUUAAUGUAGAGCAUUUAUACGUAAAGUAGGUAACAAAUUUUAUUAGAUGCAUUUAUUUUGAUCAUUUUCUGUUAGAUUAUCAAAUGAAGUCAAAUGUGGAGAUUAUAGACGUCCGAACAAUACUGAUAUUCACAUGAUUUAUUAAUAUUGAAAUUGUGUUACAUAAACGAUUUUCAGUUCAGUGCCUGUAAUUGAUAUGAAAUACAUUUUCUAGUUAUGAAGUUAUCAUAUUGAGUAGACAACAAUACAACAUUGCAUUACGGCAGCUAAAACAUUGUUUUAAAAGCGAAACGUUGUCAAAAUACUAUUUACAAUUUAAGGACAGGGUGCCUAACCAAGAUGCCAAACAUUUGCGCUAAGACAAUUAAGGUUCUGUCUCUCUAUCGCACUAAUACGUGAGAGCGAUAGAGAGACAGAAAUUAUCUUGGCUAAGCACCCAGAAGUGCGACAAAUGAAAAUGGGUAAAUAUAUACCCAACAAUGGUAUGUAUAGACUGUUAAUGAUAUAAUAAUUAGUUAUAUGAUAUAAAACUGGUGCUAAGUGGGUGCCUUGUUGUUACAAUAAUUUAGAAUAUAUUAUAUAUUUACAUAUAGUGAAUCUUGUACAUAAUAUAAUAUAGGACUGUAAAUACAAUAUUUAUGAUAUGUUUAAAAUCGUGUUGCCAUGCCAUACGCUAUGUUAAAGUUUAUUUUAUAAGUAUUUGUACUUAAAAGUUUUCGAAUUUAGUAUUCUGUUACAAAGUUAAUAAAUUUUGUGAACCCUU